GUUCGCCCAGUGUCAACACACGGAGCAGCAGAGAGGCGGACCGGCCACCGCGGAGCAACGACGAUGUCGGAGCAGGAGUCUCUGAGGUGCUCCAGUGCCAGAAACCGUGGAGGCGUACAGAGGGUCGAGGGGAAACUGCGAGCCAGUGUGGAGAAGGGGGAUUACUAUGAAGCACACCAGAUGUACAGGACUUUAUUUUUUAGGUACAUGUCACAGGCAAAACAUGCUGAGGCUAGGGAGCUGAUGUACAAUGGUGCUGUACUCUUCUUCAGCUAUAACCAGCAAAACAGUGCAGCAGAUUUGUCUAUGCUGGUGCUGGAAGUGUUGGAGAAAUCUGAGACAAAAGUUGAAGAAGAAAUAUUAGAAAAUCUGGCUAAGCUGUUCAGCCUUAUGGACCCGAACUCUCCUGAGAGAGUAGCGUUUGUGUCCAGAGCCUUAAAAUGGUCUACAGGAGGGUCCAGCAAGUUGGGUCACCCAAAACUACACCAGUUACUUGCUGUCACCUUGUGGAAAGAGCAAAACUACAGUGAGUCUCGCUACCACUUCCUGCAUUCGUCUGAUGGCGAGGGCUGCGCACAGAUGCUGGUGGAGUAUUCGGCGUCACGAGGCUUCCGCAGCGAGGUCGACAUGUUUGUGGCGCAGGCCGUCCUACAGUUCCUUUGCUUAAAGAACAAAAGCAGUGCUUCUGUGGUUUUCAGCACAUACACAGAGAAACACCCGUCCAUAGAGAAAGGUCCUCCCUUUGUCCAGCCUCUACUAAACUUUAUCUGGUUUCUGCUGCUGGCAGUGGAUGGGGGUAAAUUAACAGUUUUCACAGUGUUAUGUGAGCAAUAUCAACCUUCCCUGAAGAAGGAUCCUAUGUAUAAUGAGUAUCUCGACAGAAUAGGACAGGUUUUCUUUGGCGUUCCACCCAAACAGUCCCCAUCGUACGGCGGACUCCUAGGAAACCUACUGAACAGUCUGAUGGGUUCAGGCGAUGAUGACGAUGGCGCUGAAGAAGCCCAGGAAGACAGCAGCCCCAUAGAGUUGGACUGAGUCUCCUGCCCAAGACCAGGAGAACAAAGAAACGCAACAAUGAGGAAGACCACCACCCUUCAUCACCGUGACAACAGGGGAUGAGGCGAGACUCGGGUCUGUGUUUUUGAGGGGGUGUGCUGUUUCCAGAAAACCAAUCCCAAAUAUCCAGAAUAAGAAUCAGACGCCAAAACAUCCUUGUCAGCACUUCCUGGACUGACUGACUCUUCCGAGGGUUGAAUUAGUGAUAAGAUCAUUCUAUGUUUUAUUUUAAAUAAUUUAGUUUGGGACUCUUGCUCUGCAUUUAAGGGUUUGUGAUUUUUAACCAACUGAUAAAUAACCUUCUCUUUUUUUCUCUGUGAAAACUGUGAAAGCUCCCGGAGCGUUCCAGCGCACGGGGGGGACGGACGUCCUCUAAACAUGAUUAGAGGGUUUCAUCGAGUCACAACAAAUAUUCCGCUCUUUUUUUGUUUGUUCUAGAGACACACAGAGUUUGUUCAGAGCCAUGCUGCUGCUGUUAAGAGUGUCUUUUUCAGUAAUAAUUUAACUAUAAUUGUUCUUGUAGCCAAGGCCACUGUCAGUUUCCUCACCUCCAGUCUGUCCAUUGAACAAAAAAACAAAAGUAACUCUUGCAACUUGAAUGUCAACAAAACAAAUGUUUUGUCUUCGAGCGUUAUCCCGUUUUUGUCAAAUCAACUGAAUAAUAACCACAAACAAAGUCGUCUGUGUGCGAUGAAUUGGCUGCAGUGUACGCACAUAUACACACACGCGCGUGCACGCACACGUUUAAAUCAUCCACUCGCUGAGCUGCUGCUGGGCUCGUUUGCACCAUCUCCAGGAGAAACCGUGUUCCAGUCUCCAGUCCUGUUACGGUCGACUUAAAAGUCUGGCGAUGACACUGGUUUUCGACGUCGAGGAGGGAGGGGCAAAAAAUGUGACACUGUGAAAACCCGUGUGUUAGAGUGAAUCUUUGCUUUGCAUGUUUAAAAGAAAAAAACCUCAUAAACCUGCUGCUUAACUGCUGUUUUUGUUCUCAUUUAUUAUUAUUAUUAUUAUUAUUAUUAUUAUUAUUAUUAUUAUUCAGUUCUGGUCAACAGUUCCUCUUGGAGGUGGAUCAAUAUUCCCUCAUUAGUUCAGCCUGUGCACAAACCUACAGCUGCUGUUGAUCAGUGUUAACUGUCCUCACUCUCGUUAGAUCUCGUUACUUCAUCACACACCUUCCUUUUCAUUAGCCCUCAGCUUUGUUUCGUCCUCGUUGUGACAUUCGCUCAGUCCAUGGUCACUCCACGUCUUUGUCAGUUAUAGGAUUUCAAAAACAAACAAACAAACACUAACUGCACCAGAUAAUCUUCAGAAGGCGACGUUUUUAUUAACUGCCAGGAAACUAGGAAAAUUCCCAGGUCUUCCAAGUGUAGAUUGUGUUUUAUUUACUUGGAUUGUAAUGUGUGAGGGGACUAUGGAUGUCCAAAAUGGCCAAUAUUAAAUAGAAAUGUUACAAAGCAAGAAUGUCCUUGGGAAAAAAAACAAAACAUGAAUGUUCUGAUCUAUUAAUUGUUGAAAUCGGCAGGCGAUUGCGGGUAAUGAUUUUUUUUAUUAUUAUUAUUAUUAUUAUUAUUAUUAUAAAUCAAAAAACAGUUGGAAAUGCUGACUCAUGGUUCCCAACAAAUAAAAAUUAAAAAAAAUGGAUGAAGUGGUAGAAGAUGGAUGGAAAAUAAAUAACAUCUGGGAAAUGCCGAGUCAGCAUUGACAACUGUUAACCAAUACAUUUAGUUGAAAUAUAAAAAAUGAACCCCAAAAUUGUAAAAUGAUUCAGUAGAUUUUUGUUUUUUUUUAAAUUACAAACUUUUUUUGUUUUGUAUUUUGAGAAAUGAAUAAAAUUAAAGGUAUAGUGUGUGAAAUUUAUCAACAUUUAUUGAAGUUGCAUGAUCCAGCUGAAGAUCCUUCACCUCACGCUUCCCCUGUAAGUGUUUGUUUAAGUUUGUCCAUUGUGGGCUACUGUAACAACAUGGUGGUCCAAAAUGGUGGACAGUAUAAUUAUAAAAGGCUCAUUCUGGAUAUAAUCACUUAAAAAAUAUUAAGUAUAAGCCGAAAUUAAAGUAAUUUACCUAAAUUUUACACACUGGACCUGUAAGUGAACGAGGAACCCAAAAUGACGAUUGAAAUACCAACUUAUGACUUGUUACAUCUUUUUAAAAUAGCUUUUUUCCUUUAUUAUGACACACUUUUGUCUUCUUUUUUCUUUUUUUUCCCCUCAAAAAUACUUUUUAAUAUCCUCUUUGGUUUUCCAUACAGGACGGGCUGGCUCAAAUGUCUUAUUAUAGCACUACAGAAGGACGCAUAGAAUAGCAGCGAGUCGUCGUACGCGCUCCGCUGUAAUUGUAGAUUAUCGUCUACACGGAGACGAGUGAUGUGACGGUCGGUGAAGUCAGCAGUGCUCACCAGAGGUUUGAGGAAAAACUGCUACAAAAACAAUUCUGAUUAGUAUUAAGUAAAAAUGUCUACAUAAAGAGACACAGUGACCAGCGCCACCUGCAGGCCUCUGUUACACCCCUUCGAGCCACUGAAAGGGGAAAAUCGGGCAAAUCUUGACUCUCAGGUUCAUCAACAACACAUUUACUGGCUUUGUUUCAUUUUGAAAAGGUGUAGAACAAUUAUUAUUUUUUAUUGUUUUUUAAACUUAACCUGAAAGUCAGUUAUGUCCAAUAUCCACUUUGAAUUAAUUGCAGUUUGA